AUGUCGGAAACGCUGUUGAGGCGAUUAUGGGGCGAACUUUGUCGUGCGGUCGGGUGGAUGCAUAGCGUUGCGCUCGUCCAUCGGGACAUUAAACUCGAAAAUAUCCUUGUCACAUCCAACCCGUUCACGCAACCCGUUCCUCCACUGACCACGCCUCUGCUCAAACUCACAGACUUUGGUCUCUCACGGUUUAUUGAUCCAGACAAUCCAAAAUUGACGACCCGAUGCGGAUCCGAGGAGUAUGCCGCGCCUGAAAUUAUCAUGGGUUCGCCUUACGACGGACGCGAAACCGACGCUUGGGCAUGCGGAGUCGUCUUGUUCGCGCUAUCCACGGGUGUACUCCCGUUCGCUGACCCAUCCGGGGUGUCCCCCGCGCCAUCUACCCACUCGGCCCAUUCCCCGACCCAGCAGCGCCGCUCGUACCUGCUGAGGAUCGCGCAGUGCCAGUAUGACCCGCGCGAACUGGGCGAAGGCGUGCGAAGGAUCGUGGGCAGACUGUUGGUUCGUAGUCCCGAGAAACGAGCCAAGAUCGCCGAGUUGUGGAGUGAUCCAUGGAUGAGAGGUGCCGGUGCCCCGCCCCCUCCGCCCGGAUGGAGUGACAAUGAACAAGAUGCUCAAGAAUUGAACGGAGAAGAACACGAAGCUGCGUAUUUGGUCGACAAGGAAAGCAUCGCAAGUGUCGCUCGACAGGAAAUACCGGUUGUCUAA